CUGUAAUGGAAAAACGCAAGGAUGAAAUGGUGAUCAGGAAAGGACCAUGGAUGGCAGAGGAAGAUGAAAUACUGAAAGAUUAUGUGAAGAAGUAUGGUCCCAGAGAUUGGAGCUCCAUUCGAUCCAAAGGUCUUUUACCAAGAACAGGAAAAUCAUGUCGGUUAAGAUGGGUUAACAAGCUUAAACCUGACUUGAAAACUGGGUGCAAAUUUUCGGCAGAGGAGGAAAGAGUGGUGAUUGAUCUGCAAGCAAAAUUUGGGAACAAAUGGGCAAGAAUUGCAACGUAUUUGACUGGAAGAACAGAUAAUGAUGUGAAGAACUUUUGGAGUACUAGGCAGAAAAGGUUAGGAAGGAUUCGUCAGGCAUCAUCAUCACCUUUACCAAACAAAUCACAGAGGAGAAUUGAGAAAAUUUCUGUUACUCCUGAAACACAUUUUUUGGAGGGGCCUAAUUUCGGUGUGGUUUCAACUGGGGAAGAAUCAUCUUCAAGCGAUUGGUCUGGUUCACGUUCUAAAGUGGAAAACUUUGAAGGGACAAAGAUGCAACCAAUACCAGAAAUGACAAACCCAAAUUUUCUUCAUCUGGAGACAAACCUUCCCUUACUUGACUACAUGCCUAUUGAGAAGAAGCCCUGCUACGAUCCUUUAACCCAAUAUCCUUUCCCACCACUCCCUGAACCUUCCAUGGAUCUCCCACUCUUGACAGAAGGCCAAGACCUCAUAACUGGACUCUCAGAUACGAACUUCUUGGGUGUUUUUCCACAAGGCCUUAAUUUCCCAGUUGGAAUGCCAUAUUUUGGGUUUGAUGGUACUGGUCAAAUCAGUGGAAAGCAUGAUAGAGACAAUCCUGUGAUGCCAGAUAAUGGCUUUGAUGACUUCCCUGUUGACAUGUUUGACUACCUUGAGCAGCUUCCAACCUCAUCAGAGCGGUGA